AAAGAUGGGAAACGCUUUUUCUGUCAAGUAUUUAAUGAGCCUGUUAUCAUCUCUCCCUACGGUGUAGUUCGAAAUUAUAUACUCAGAUCCCCUUCUUCGUUUGAUUUCAAAUCAUAUGAAAUGUUUACAUUUAUAGCACUCGAUGUAAGCCUCCUGAGAACUAAAGGAUGCUGAUGGAUGCUGUUGCCGCCGGAGCAGCCCAGAUACGGGACAACAAAUAGCAGCUAGUGUGUUGCAUUUGUCAUUCCCUUCGAAAACAUACACGCAGAGGACUACGGUAACCGCAGAGACCGCCAGAUGUUUACCAACAGGAGGGUGGUUCUGUCCGUCUGCAAUGGUCUCUCCUCCUAGCACAAACGUCACAGCAGAAGAAGAGACGUCCCCCUCACCCCAUCAGACCCUCAGCCUGCCGACUAUAGUACUAUUAUAGUUCAAGCAAAGACUAAUUGUUGGUCAUUUACAAAGGCUGCACAGUCCAAGCCAUUGAAUGGCAUUUCUGCCUCUCUCUACUGGGAGACGAUGGCGCUGGUUGUAGUUUUUGCAAUCCUCUGCCUGUGCUGCUGGGCAUCCUUCUACUUCAUCUUGUGCAUCAUCAACGGCUCCAGGAGCUACGAAUGGAACUGUCGCCUUGUCACCUUGGUGCACGGCAUCGUGGCCAUUUGCAUCACAGCGUACAUAGGAUAUGUGGAUGGGCCAUGGCCGUUCACUCACCCAGGCACCAAGAACACCCCUCUACAAAUAAGUGCCUUGGUGGUCAGUCUGGGCUACUUCAUUUUCGACAUGGCCUGGUGCGUGUACUUCCGCACUGAGGGACCUGUCAUGCUGGCCCACCACACCAUGAGCAUCCUGGGAAUCCUGCUGACCCUGUUGCUGGGCGAGUCUGGCAUCGAGUCCUGCGCUGUUCUCUUCGGCAGCGAAGUCACCAACCCCCUGCUGCAGACACGCUGGUUCCUCAAGCAGACAGGACGCUACGAGACUCCGCUUGGGAACGCUGUGGAUGUCCUGUUCGUGCUGCUGUUCGUUGUGAUGCGAAUUUUCGUAGGAGGCACAAUGCUGUACUGUGAGCUGAUCUCCCCGAGACCCAGAUUCUUCAUCAAGUGUGGAGGAGUGGCCAUGUACGCUCUGUCCUGGGCCUUCAUGGUGGAUAUUGUGCGCUUUGCAAUGCGGAAGAGCAAGAGCUGGCACAAACAGAGAGUCAGAAAGGAGAUGGUUGAAGCUAACGGUCACGACGGGAAGAUGGACUGACUCGCAUUUGAGCCUCUAAACAAAAUCAGUUUAACUGACUUGAAAUCAGCUAUUUACUUCUGACAUCAAUAGAUCUUCAGUCUACAGGAAAAUCAACUUCCUACAUUGACAGAUUUAUAAAAAGGUUUGGUAUUUUCAUUUAAAUUGAAUAUGCUACGCCAUCUUUUUGUAGAGUCUAAUAUGUGUGCAUUUUGCAAGAACCUUACUUUAUAUGCACUUCCUGCACCCGAAGAGUGCUACUUCAAAGGUACAAACAACAUGUUUAAAAUGUGCAGGGAAAACCAAAGCACUUUUAUAGAAACACAUGUUGCUUUCAGCUGCUGUGAACUGUGGCCCAGUCAUAUGUGGUGGUGCUGCUCCAAAAGAGGAGUCUACAAUUUAGAAAGUGAGUCAGUCAGAAAGUGAACAGUUUGUGUCAGAGAAAAACUGCUUUUUCUUUGCUUUAUUUUAAUAGUUUUGUUUUAUCCUUUGCUCUGAUAAAAGCACAGUGCUUAUUUGAAAACACAAGACAGUUUGGAAAAUUAAUCUAGACCAAAACCACCAAAUAAUCUAUUUUUCAAAUCUCUAUUGUAAAUCCAUAUGACACAUGCAGAGAAAUGUAAUAAUGCAGUUCUACACUGAAAAUGCUGUGAUGUUGUACUUCAUUGUUUUUUGUGUAAGCUAAAAUGAUCCUGACAUAUUACAUGUUUCACUUUAUUUGUCUUUUAGAAGCAUUAUUGUAAUAAAGUAAAAAAUGCCCAGUGUAAUUCAGACAAAAAGUAUUUUGUACUAGUGUUUUCCUAUUAACUGACUGAGUUUGUGAUUGUCAAAAAGGUCUCUUCUGUCUUUGUCAAUGGCAGAAAUGAUCUUCACUGCAAAUUAUGUGUCUGAAUGUUUUUUGAAAUACUUUUCAUAGCACCCAUGCACUUUUUUAACAUCUCCACUUUGUUUGCUGAAUCUUUGUAACAAACCGCCUCUGUACGCCAAAAUAGAGGGUUUGAGACUGAAGGUGUGAGAUUACAGCAUCAUCGGCACCAUGCCAAGUAAGGUAGCAAGCCAUCAGCUUUCAUGUUUCUGUUUAGACUCAAUAUAUUAGUCAUGAAUCAUGUUGCAUAUAAUCUUUUGUUUUUUUCUGAGACACGAGGAUUUCUGCAGCAGAAAUCCAUAGCUCAUUUGUUUGUUUCCUGAUCAUAUUGCAUAUUAUUACAUUCUACACUCUGCUUGUGCCUGACUGCCUCUGUUAAAAAGUCCAAGAACGUACAAAAAUAACUUCUCUGUGCCUUAUCUAAAUGUACUGCCCUUUAUUUGUUUUGUUUUAUCUGUGUUGUUUUUAUGGUAUUUUUCUUGUGCUGUAGUCUAAACUCUCCAACACUAGACUGUAAAGUGAAAACAAUGACGAUGGAUUUAUUAGGUCUUUGUAAUCCAUAUUUAAAAAUAAUAAUAAUAAUAACACUUUGUCUAUGUUUUCUGCAGCAAAAUGUCAUCUAAGGAUAAAUAAUUGCCAGUGACUGAAUAAGCAUCAUGUAUGGACUGAAGUUACCACAACUAUCCACAUGAUGGCGUCAUUUCAAUUAGGUUUGAUUGACCAUUGAGGUGAUUUCCUGUGAAAGGUGCUGGCAUUUUAAUUUUCUCUUUUUGUUCCUUUUUCCAUUUAGGCAAGACAUGUUUGUGUGGUUUUAUGUAUUGUAGGGUGUAAAAACAAAGGUAUCGACUGAUCAGAAAGCAGAACACUCACAUUUUUUUUUUUAUAAAGGAUAAAUAAAUAAAAAUGUAAUACACAAUAAAGACAAAUACAUAAAGUCUAUUGUUUAUAGUGUACAUUCGGUGCACCAGUUGGGUGAAAAUGGAUCAGGAAUGGUUAAAAAAAAAAAAACAGGUUGAGUUAUUUAUGCAUUAAAAGUUCAAUAAUAAAUCCGGUUAGGGAUUCAGUCCAAAAAAAAAAACAAACACGAAAAAGCAGCUGCUUAUAAUAUAAAACUGGUUCAUUUUGAUCACUUUCUUAACAUUUCUAUUUGGCAAAACCUUAUAUGUAUUAUGAAGAUAAACUGAAUGGACAAAUAAUAGAUUUAGGCUGAGUCCCAUUUCACCCCUUAAUCUUAGCCUUACCUCUGUGUUUUUCUGGUUAACACACAUGGGAUGAGGGUUUCCCAAUUGUUUCCACACGAUGUAGGGUGAUGGUCAAGGGUCAUGGCUUUCUACCUCUAAACACUGAGAUUUUCCAUGGGCACACUUGGAGCCCAGUUGGUGGGAAAUGUUCUUGCAGAUCCCCUCAAAGCUGUGAAUAUUUUCUUCAUUAACGUAUUUGUAAAUGCACACUAAUCCCUGUAAUGUAAUUUGAAGUGGUACCAUAUAUAUUUUGGUAUCUCUUAAUUACUUAAUUUAAAAUAUUUCAAAUGACAUCAUAAUUUAGCGUCCUGGGUUUGGCUCCCGGCCAGGGGUCUCUCUGCAUGACGUUUGCAUGUUCUCCCCGUGCAUGCGUGGGUUCUCUCCCGGUUCUACGGCUUCCUCCCACAAUCCAAAAACAUAACUGUUGGGUUAAUUGGUCUCUAAAUUGCCCUUAGGUGUGAAUGGUUGGGUGCAUGAUUGUUUGUCCUGUAUGUUGCCCAGCAAUGGACUGGCAACCUUUCCAAGGUGUGCCCCCAUCUCACCCGUAGACCGCUGGAAAUAGGUAUCAGCUUCCCCGCGACCCAGUAUGGAAGAAGCGGGUAUAGAAAAUGGAUGGAUGGAUGGAUAGAUAAUCAUACAGCUUGAUACAUACAGAUAUCUUUGGCAAAAAGCCUUUUAUUUCUGUGUUUAAAAGCAAAAAAGUGCUGUCAUGUCUAAUUUGAUGUUUUUGAAUAAAUUGUAUUUAAUAAUAAUUGGGUUCUUAAUUAGCAAGCAUAACACAAUGACAUAUUCUGACAUCUGCUGCAGACUUAAUUACUGUUUACGUGACAAAUACAACCAUACUACAUCACAUCUUUUUAAUAGCCAUAGCCAAUGACGCAUAAGCUUCUCAAUUGAGUAUUCUAUUUCCCAGUGGAUUGUUUCACCACUACCUGACUAAGGGCCCAAACGUUAGGUGAGACGAUGAGAUCAUGGUGUAUGGGUGACACAAAAAUGACAUUUGGAUUUAGUCAGAGUUUGAAUGUUGUCUGCCAUUAAAUAAAACUCCUCAAGUCACGCUGCUGUAAUGAUCAGUAAAUCCUGGUGGGAUGGUCAAGCACAAUUAAAGUUAUGUCUUAAUUCUUACCACUUAGCUCUAUUGCUAGAUUCGCUCCCCUUUUUUUUUUUGUAAUGUAGGGGGAAGAAGAAAUGGUAAUACUAUCAAAUCCUCCUUUGUGCUAAAUGUUUUGUAGGUAAAACAACUACUUCAACAUCAGGUUUGGUUUAUUUUCCUAUGUAUUAUGCGCAGUAACGUCAGUUUGUCUUAAUAAGCAUAAAACCAAUGUUGUAAGCGAUGCUUUGUUGCAGCUGAAUAAAUGUUUAUGUCAUAUAUAAACAUA